UGGCGGGCGAAGCGCACGACGAGCCGGGGAGCGGCGCUGCCUGUGGAGAUCCGCGGAGGCCGACAGGAUUCGUUGGCUGCCGUCCCCGCUUCCGUGCACUGGGUUAAAACGACAACUAACGCCAACCAUGAAAGAUCCAAGUCGUAGCAGUACUAGCCCAAGCAUCAUCAAUGAAGACGUGAUUAUAAACGGGCAUUCUCAUGAAGAUGACAAUCCAUUUGCAGAGUACAUGUGGAUGGAAAAUGAAGAGGAAUUCAAUAGACAAAUAGAAGAGGAGUUAUGGGAAGAGGAAUUUAUUGAACGCUGUUUCCAAGAAAUGCUGGAAGAGGAGGAAGAACAUGAGUGGUUUAUUCCAGCUCGAGAUCUUCCACAAACUAUGGACCAAAUCCAGGACCAAUUUAAUGACCUUGUUAUCAGUGACGGCUCUCCUCUGGAAGAUCUUGUGGUCAAGAGCAAUCUGAAUCCAAAUGCAAAGGAGUUUGUUCCUGGGGUGAAGUACUAAAAUAUUUGAGUAGAUGGGGCCCUCUUUUGGUGGAUGUAGCACAAUUUCCACACUGUGAAGGCAGUAUUAGAAGACUUACUUGUAAAAGCUCUCUCGUCACUGUGUUACACUUAUGCAUUGCCAAAGUUUUGUUAGUCUUGCAUGCUUAAUAAAAGUGCUGAGACUGUUAUUAAGUAAAAAGCUGUCAAACAUUUACUGAAAAUAGAAUUGUUUCCAUGGCUUGAUGUGAAGACAGCAAGGGAAGAAGCACCAGUCAAGUUGUGACAAAGUACCAAAUUAAAUGUUAACCUCUAAAUCUUACCUUACUGUCUGUUGCGAUGCUGAACUGGUUUCUUAGGAUGAACUAGCAACUUGUUAAUGCCAAGACCUUUUUGAAUUAGUAAAUCUAAGUUAAGUCCAAAUGCUAAGGAAAUUUCUCAAUUCCCAUAAUACCCAUUUCAAUUGCAUUUGCUCCCAUUAUAAAACAAAGAGUCCCCCUUUUCUAAGAAGAACAGCUAGUUAAUUUGAAAUAAUUUAUUAAAGACAUGUCUUUGGUUAUUGAGGUUACAGGUAAUGAAAAGAAAAUUAUUGCUGACUUUUGUGGCAUGUUACUGUGUCAGAAAUGUUGAAUUCUCCUAAUACAUCUGCAGAGAUAUGUGACUUAAGAAUUGCAUAUUCUAAGGAGUAUUCUACAUCAUACUGUGUGAAGUCUUAACGUUUGACCAACCAAUAAUCCUAUUGAGCAAAGAAAUUGUAACAUUAUGGUUGAGUGGUGCUUUUCCUUGCAUUGUUAACCAUCACAAUAGUCUACAGCACAACUUUUCUUUUAACAAAGCUAGAACAGUUUUGGCUUCUUAAACUUCAUAUUUGGGUAGGUUAAGCUGCCAUACGUGUUCAGUGUGAAUAGUGUUUAAGUUGAAAAUAUUGUAAAAAAAUUAUAUUUUUUCAAAAAUAUUUAAAAAAAUAAAUAAUAGUAGAACUGA